GGAGCUGUUUUUGUUGUUUAUUAACGCUCUGCACUCGGCUGUUUUGAUCCAGUUUGCUCGAUCGAAGUUUGCAAGUUACAGCUGUGCAAUGAUUCGGAUAUUACGGUAUAUUUCGAUACAAUGUUUACAACCAGGAGCAGAAAGUUGGAGAAGAAUAUGCUGUGUGUUGAACAGUAAUACAGCAGCAACAUUUAAGCACGGGAAUUUUUCUCGGCAUCGAAUGAAAUUAAGAUUACUAUCAAAUGAAGCAUUGCUGUCACAUUCACGAGUCUUCACAAGCAAACCACCAAAAGGAUUUGAGAAGUUUUUCCCAAAAAGAUCAGCUGCUGAACCCAGAGCAAAAACUGGUGAAGCAGAACCACACAGAAACAAAACUGGAGGAGGAAAUGGUGGUGGUGAAAAGGAAAACAACAGUCGGUGGUCCCGGAUCCUUAGAGGAGACUUCCCAUGGGAUGAGAAGAACGUUCGGAACAUCUUCUGUGCUGGGGCUGGGAUGCUUGUAACUUUUCUGUAUUUCCACUUUCGAAAGAGAGGAAGAGAGAUAUCAUGGCGGGAUUUUGUCAAUUACUACUUGGCUAGAGGCCUGGUUGAACGACUUGAAGUUGUUAAUAAACAAUACGUGAGAGUGUUUCCUGCCCCUGGUGUAAACACAUCAGAAGUGAGUUAUGUUUGGUUCAACAUUGGUACGGUUGACUCAUUUGAAAGAAACUUGGAGCAAACAGAGAGAGAGCUUGGUGUAAAGGCUCCACACAAGCUGCCAGUCCUGUACAGCACUGAGAGUGAUUGGUCAUCUUUAUUGGCUGUGCUACCUGUUGUUCUGUUGGUUGGCUUCCUCCUAAUUAACUCCAGACAGGGUCCGAUAGCAGCUGGACGUAAGCGCAGGAGAGAAAAUAAUCUGUUUAGGAUGACUGAGUCUAAAGCCAAAAUGAUCAAAGACAACAUUGAUGUAAAAUUAAAUGAUGUUGCUGGCUGUGAGGAGGCCAAGCUAGAGAUUCUGGAGUUUGUCAACUACUUGAAAAAACCCAAACAGUACCAGGAGCUUGGUGCUAAAAUUCCGACGGGUGCACUGUUAUCAGGCCCCCCCGGCACAGGAAAGACUUUGCUAGCUAAAGCAACUGCCGGAGAGGCUGGAGUUCCUUUUAUAACGGUUAAUGGAUCCGAGUUUCAGGAGAUGUUCGUCGGUGUAGGGCCAGCCCGGGUGAGGGACAUGUUCGCCAUGGCUAGGCGACAUGCUCCCUGCAUUCUCUUCAUUGAUGAGAUUGAUGCCUUGGGCAGGAAGAGAGGACGAGGGAACUUUGGUGGGCAGAGUGAGCAGGAGAAUACACUGAACCAGCUGCUGGUGGAGAUGGAUGGAUUUAACAGCAGUGUUAACGUUGUGGUGCUGGCAGCAACCAACCGCACUGAUGUUUUAGAUCCAGCACUUUUGAGACCUGGCAGAUUUGACAGGCACAUUUACAUUGGACCUCCUGAUAUUAAAGGCCGGGCAUCGAUAUUUAAAGUGCACAUGAGGCCGUUGAAGCUGGAGUCCAGUUUGACCACAGAUUCCUUAGCAAGAAAGCUGGCAGCUCUUACACCUGGUUUCACUGGUGCUGAUAUUGCCAACGUCUGUAAUGAAGCAGCGCUCAUUGCGGCUCGACACCUCAGCCAGACUGUGAAUCCCAAGCACUUUGAACAAGCUGUGGAGAGAGUUAUAGGAGGGCUGGAGAAGAGGAGCAGGGUGCUGCAGCCAGCUGAGAGAACCACUGUUGCGUACCAUGAGGCCGGCCAUGCUGUCGUGGGGUGGUUUUUGGAGCAUGCAGACCCCCUACUAAAGGUGUCCAUUAUUCCUCGUGGCAAGGGACUGGGUUAUGCACAGUACCUACCUAAAGAGCAGCACCUGUUCACACGCGAACAGCUGUUUGACCGGAUGUGCAUGAUGCUGGGAGGACGUGUAGCAGAGCAGGUGUUUUUUGGCAGAAUCACCACAGGUGCUCAAGACGACCUGAGGAAAGUUACUCGGUCUGCUUAUUCCCAGGUCAUGCAGUUCGGAAUGAGUGAGUCAGUGGGCCAGAUGGCAUUUAAUAUGCCGCAGGAGGGCGAGAUGGUGUUGGAGAAGCCUUACAGUGAAGCCACUGCACAGCUCAUAGAUGAGGAGGUGCGCUCUCUUAUCAGCAUGGCGUUCGAGCGAACUCACCAGCUCGUCACUGAGAAACGGGAGCUGGUGGAGAAGGUGGGGAAGCGCCUUCUAAAGAACGAGGUCCUGGACAAGGCUGACAUGGUGGAACUGUUAGGACCGAGGCCGUUUAUGGAGAAAUCUACAUAUGAAGAGUUUGUUAAAGACACAGGCAGCCUUGAUGAAGACACAAGUCUGCCUGAGGGUCUGAAGGACUGGAACCAGAAACAGGACUUCCAGGAUAAAGACUCUUCACAGCAGCAGAAAGAGUUUGUGUACAUGUAGCAUCAGAAUAUAUGGAGCUUUUGCUAGGUUACUGUGACAGUCAUUUUGACAGUUUAGCAUUGUAUUAUGUAGCUUAGGUGCCACACAGCACCAGUUUCCUGAGGAUCUGGUUUUGAACCCCUUCUUCUGGUCUCUAUCUAUGAACCAUUUAGAAUGUUCUAUACAUGUCUGCUUGGGUUUACUCCAGUAUUCUCAUUUUUCCCUUCUCCCAAAAGCUUGCAGAAGUUGGGAUUGGAACACUGGAUUGGGUGCAUUCUUGUCUUGCACCCAGUGUAUUUGGGUGGGGCCAGACUUACUGCAACCCUGACCAGGACAUAGCACAGUGGUAAAAUGCGCUAACCCACUAUCAUGCUGUUGGCCUGCCGGGCACCUGCUUUGUCUUGGCCACAGCCAUUAGGAGGUGCAAUUUUUUUUACAUUUCCUAAAUAAAUAGUAUUCUAAAAUAAAAUUUGAAGGCUCCUGAUUGGCUAAUGUGAAAUGUUAAAUGAAUUUUAAUUGGCUCAGUGAAGAAAUUGUUGCUGAUGCAGAUUUGUUGGACCAGUUGACUUUUUCCCCAUUACUCUAAUGCCCAGUUCUGAUUCCUGUGUGUCCAUUGUAAAUGCUUGUGACGAUUAACAGGAAUUAGCAUAAGCUCUUUGAGUAGCCUGUGACUGCUCGGACCCAUAAACAGAAGAGUUUGAUGUACUGUGCAUUGGACACAUUUACUGCACCAUCAGUAUUUAAAUUAUUUGCAAUUGGAGUCACAGGGGCCCUUCUGUUGGUUUGUACCAGGCAUCAUAACCUUCAUGUCUUCUAGUAUCAUUGAGUCUUGACCUCAUGAAAACCUGUCAGUGAUUGUGGAUUCUUUGUAAAUAUCUGCUAAUCUGUUACAAUAACAAGUUCUCAGGUCAAGAGGCUUUUAAUGUUAAUGGUCAGCCUCUGUCAUGGGUGUCAGAUUCCAGAGUCUUAAAGGAUUUAGGUGUUUAUCCUUUACUGACCACAAAAUCAGCCCUUAAAGUCUUAAUAUGAUGGUCAAUUAAAUUGUGUACAAUAAGCUGUGAGUGGUUCUGCUAGUAUCACCCUGCAAUGGACAGGUCCACCGUCCAAGAUGUAUCUAUACCCUGCACCCUGCUUUUGGUGAUAGUCUGUGAAUGUACAUAGUCAGAAUAUUUUGUUCACUUGUAAUGGACAUUUAGGUCCUGCAGCUGUUUUUGUGACUCUAUGUAGUAUAUGUAUUAGUUUAAAGAAUUUAAGUUAUUUUACAAGUUUGUGAGUUUUGAGGGAACUUGCCAGGUCAAAAAUAGCAAUUAUUAAAAUAACAAUACUGCAAUAAAAUAAAUACGAGGGUUCUUCAAAAAGUUUCUGCACUUUUUAAACUCUAGUUAUUUAGAAUUUCAAAAACAAAUGACAUCACUUUUCUACAUAGUCACCUUCCCAUGCAUUUUUUCCAGCGUCGUACCAACUUGUUGAAAAGAUGUUUUUGGUUGAGCGUGUAGCCACUGAUGCGCACCGCUGCUUUUACAUCAUCAUCACAUGAAAAUCUUCUCCUUAAAGCUUCUUUGAGUGGUCCAAAAAAGGUGGAAAUCGGAUGGCUCUAAAUUCAGACUAUAAGCGUCUCUCAGUCUCUCAGACAUGACCAAUUACUACUCGUCUGACCCUCACCGUUUCCAACAAAAAUAUAAAAGUGCGGAAACUUUUCCCUGGUGUUAUUCAAAUGUA